GUUUUUAAAUCCACCUCUAUCGCCGAGUCUCAUGUAACAAGAUAAAAGUUAUUGUUAUGCCACAGUUUGGUUAUAAACGGAGUAAAAUGACUCUCACGUCAAAGGCUCCAUGCUUCAAAUCCAAGUAUAUAACUGCCGAGCUGGCUCAUCUGUUCACCCAGUCAGACAGUGAGGAGGACUUUGAAGGUUUCAGUGAGGAUGAGGAAGAAGAGGAUAGAGGACACUUUAACAAACGACUAAGGACUAAAGUGGUGGAUUCAGAAGAGGACAGUGACAUAGACACAGGCUUCCACUCUGAUGAGGAGGAGGCCCCCACAGCAAAGAGAAGGAGUCUUUUAGUAGCUCUGAGGUUUCCCGUCAAAAGAGUGUCUUCACCCAAGAAGGAAACACAAGAGAAAAGUGUUAAAAAGCCAGUCAAAGGAAAAUCUCCCUCACAGAUAUCCAGAGGAAGGCAGAAGGUGAAGCAGAAACAGCAUGAAGAAAAGGAGGAGGAGGAGGAUGAAGACAAAGAGGAGGAGGAGCUCUCUCAUAGCCUAAAGAAACGAGACAAGAACAUCCAAGAAAACAAGGCCAUGCUGGCCAAGUUGUUUGCUGAUCUGAGCACCACGAUGGCUGACCUGACAGCACCCAACACUCCUCAGAAGAAGAAACGGCUGUCAGAGAGGGCAACGCCAAAGAAACGCAAGUCUGAAACGGACGUGGUGUCAGAAAGGAGGAACCCGUCGCGUAAGGCUCGUCCUCCUGAGAACUUUGCAGUGGAGGAAAAGAGCGAGCCAGUUCAUGUCCGAAGCCCCCGUACUGUAGACAUCAAGAGUCUGGUGGAGGUGGACGAGGACCAUGUUGGUGAGAAACACAAAAAGAGAAGGAGCCAGUCUUCCAGGAGGAGUCAAUAUUGCGUGAAGUCGGUCGACGAGAUCACCAAAGAAGACCUGGACAACAUAGCGUACCGCAGCAAAGACAAGAUCUGGGACAAGGAGAAUGGAAGCUCGUGUCACCAGUGCAGACAGAAGACUCUGGACACUAAGACAGUGUGUCGCAGUGGUUUCUGUGUGGGGGCCAAAGGUCAGUUCUGUGGACCGUGCUUGAAGAACCGCUAUGGAGAGGACGUACGCACCGUGCUGCUAGAACCGACGUGGUCGUGUCCCAUCUGCCGAGGGAUGUGCAACUGCAGCCUGUGUCGUAAGAAAGAGGGCCGCUGUGCCACCGGUAUUCUGGUCGGUUUGGCUCGCUACAACGGCCACGACAACGUGCACGAGUAUUUGGAGAGUAUUCGAAAAGAGCUGCAGUGAAAACCAGAGACCCGAUCAGAGGAGAGAACUUGCAAAAACAGAUGAUAUCCAGGGGAGGAGGAUCUGAUGCUGCACAGUACAUGUACUGUAGAAAUCAUUUUAAAUGCACAUUUUUAGGUUUAGAGCAAACUUUACUAGACAUACUAAAUCAAAAGUUUUUUGUUGUUGUUUUUUUUUUCACCUUAAGCUGAAGCACCUAUACUGUUCUAUGUUUUAUAUAUGCUGUUUUUUUUUAAGACUGCAUAAGAUGCAGGGAUGCUUUUUCUUUGUUUUACUCACUUUUUACUUGCAGGUUUGUUUUCUUUUGGGUCGUUUUUAAUCGUGAUGUCGCUUGGACAGCUGUAAUGUUUUAAUUUUUGUGA